GACUUAUUGGUUGAAUCUUGGUGCAGAGGGAGUACUAGGUGAGGUUUUGGUUUUGAUAUUCUUGGGCGAUUUUCUCGAGAAAAAUGGAGACGUCUCUGAGGUAUUCGAAGUCUUUGAGAAUCCAUGCGAAGGAGAAGCUCCCUUUCAACUCCAGAACCCAUUUGCAGCUUCAUGGAGAGCUAGAUGCUGGAACUGGAGCCCCUAGUUACUUCUGUGCCAUGAUUAGACACCUUUUCCCCGAGGCUUUAACAGGGUUAGGAGUAGGAUUGUAUUAUGAUAAGCGCCACAAGCUUCGGUCUCAUGUACGCGGGAAAAAAGAGUUUCCUAUGGGAGCUAAUAAGCUUGUGACCUUUAAUGUUAAAGGGCGGUGUGAUUUUGAUCAAGACUUCAAUCAGGUUCACUUCUUUCUUUCUUUCUUUCCUUUUUGGUCUCCAAGUUAUGUUUCUUGCUUGAGUAUUAUUAUGCCUUUAGAAUGGACUUAGCUUGUGGUAGUAGAAGAAUCCUAUAGGAGCUGCAGAAUUUUCCUGGAACAUAAUGAACUUUAAGGAAGAUCAGGAUGUACGAAUCAAAGUUGGCUACGAAAUGUUUAAUAAGGUUCCUUAUAUGCAGAUUAGAGAAAACAAUUGGACUCUUAACGCCAACAUGAAGGGAAAAUGGAAUUUGAGGUUUGACCUGUGACUGCAUUUUUAUUCUUCUGAGAAAUGUAUUAGUACUACAC